AUGUUUCAUGGUUUGCAUGUGGGCGGAAUACUGCCAGGUUGCCCAGGUCACCUUUGGACAGAUUUAGGGAUUAACUUGUUAGCCGGUUCUGUCUAUGGCCUCUGUUCUUCUGGUGCAUUGUACGAUUCGUCAUUCCAAGUCUUCGGGAUGGUGAUACUGAUUGUCAUAAUUGAACAUACAAGAAAAGCACUUCGAAUCGGGCGUCCUGGGAAAAUCACAGUCGAAGAUGUCACAUAUCUUGUGCGAGGUGAUCCGAAAAAGUUUUCGCGAGUCAAAGAGUUGCUGUUGCUCAGCGAAGAACUGCGUCGAGCUCGCAAAGCGUUCGAGGAGGAUGACUAUGGUGUGCUCAAAUAG